AUUUUCGUCGAGUGUAGGUCAAUUGAAGAGACAUUUUUUUUCCUAAGCAAUAUUUUAUUGCAACGUUUCGUUCGGGCUGCAGCCGAUCAUCUUCAGGCUAAAUUUAGUAACAUUCCUUAAGCAUGGCAGGGUCAACACCAUGCUUAAGAAAUAUUACUUUUAGCCUGAAGAUGAUCGGCUGCAGCCCGAUCGAAACGUUGCAAUAAAAUAUUGCUGAGGAAAAAAAAUUUCUUUUCGAUUAAUCAACACUCGACGAAAAUCACCCAUCAUUAUCUCUUUAUGAAAAAGAGUAUCAAAGAUCUUGAAGUGAGUAUCGUUGAACCAUCAAAAAUCUGCGUAUAGUAUAGCAGAAAGUAGAGAAAUGAUUACAUGUUAAAUUAAUUGUAUUUUGCGCCUCUUCCUCAAGAUCAGAAUGAAGUGCCCCUACUAUGCACCGAUGUCGCCACAAUCUUUAUAGUUCAAGUUUUUUGUUCCGGUCCUAUUCCAUGUAUAUUCCGGUACGCAACUCAUUCUUCUUCUUUGUGCCGAUCACGUCACACGUUUACUCAGAAAUUGGAAAAGGAAAAAGAAAGAGAAAUGGGAAAAAAGAAACACAGGCAUCGAAAGAAACUACAAGAUCGAGUCGAAUGGCUGGAGAAACAAUUCCAAAAGCAAAUAGACGGAAACCAUGAAGACAAGCGUAGUAAGCAUUUGAGAUUCUUCGUGGGACUCGAUAUUGUACGAAAGGGAAAAAUGUGUUUUUUUGGUCCAACCAUAAACCAUAAAUGUGUCACAACGAUGUCUGCGACAUCGUAUGUGUACAUAACCCUGUGCAUUACGCCAUGCGGAUUCUGUCUCACGAUCGUCCAACGGUCGCGAGUGUAAGAUCCGCCGGCCAUAUACAAUAUUUCACGAAGCGGUAUGCAACCGACUCGUGGAAGCGAACAACCCUAGAUUCUAUAAACAAGAGACAAAUAUAAACAAGCCGAUUUAUUUUGUUUUUGUUCUCUUCUCGCUUUAACGUGCGAUAGAAGACGGGGUUCGAUACGGAGUCGAUCACGGAGUCGAUCUCAUAGAAGAGAUCGCGAUGAUUACGUCUCACCAAGGUUACAUCGACGCCAAGACCGCGGAGGUUAUCGCAGUGACGAUAAAAGUUACGACGAUUAUGCAAAUCGUCGUGACAAAGAUCGUCGCUCUAGGCGUAGUCGCUCCUAUCAACGAGAACAAAAUCAUUCGUACAUGGAUCCUGCGAGCUGUCGCGACCGCGAUAGACGCAGUGGGACUGAGUUGUCUCUGGAUCGCGCAAGAAACUCGUGAAGCGAGUCACCGAGAGAACAUUUUGAUUCGCAGUCACGAGCGCAUUCGAUAUCUCCCUCGUUCGACCCACAGGAGGGAAACUCCGGCGACAAAACAAACGUUGCUCAACCGAACACUCGAGAGGUCGCGGAUACCCGCGUCAUUACGACUGGCGCGAUUAUUGCCAAUGCGAAGCCAGAUACGGGAGAGGCGUCAGCCGAGACACAAGAGACCGAAUUGGAGGCAGAGGUUUUGGAAGUGUUCGGAGAACGUCUCAGACCGGAACGAAUGCUAGCACCGGCGGUGCACAGUCAUGUCGCGACGCUUUGGCUGGAAAUUAUCGAGAAGAGUCUCCCGGCGGAGGAACGGAAAGGGUUUUUGAAAAAGAUUUCGCCUCCGCAUAAUUGUGUCUUCAUCGAUCCUCCCAAAUUGAAUUUGGAGGUUAAGCCAGCCUUGGAUAGUACAGUCGUAAAAAGAGACGAAAGAAUUGUCGAAAAACAAAAAAAGGUCGCUGCUUCGCUCGCCGGCGUGGGGAAGGUUAUAGAUCUGCUGAUCAAAUCGAAUCUUGCGGAUAAGAAGCAAUAUUUAGAACCCCUCGACGGCGUUGCAAAACUUCUGGCGGACCUGCAACACGACGAAACAUCGAUCCGGAAGAGUCUAAUUCUGAAAAACAUCAAGGCACCGUUCAACGACACGCUGAAAGAUUUGUCAUCGAGCGACUGGAUGUUUGGGAAAGAACUUGGCGAAAAAAUAAAAGCUGCUAAAGUUUUACAGCAAUCAUCGAAGGAUUUAAAACAGCCCGCCAAGCAAUUGUCGGAUCAAGGAAAAAAUUCAAAAAACUCGAGGGGCCCGCCUCAACAAAGUCGCAACAACCGAGGCAACAAGUCCACGUCACGGGGGAGGAGUUAUCAGCAGAAAGACCGUCAGCCUCUGAAGAAAAACAAUUAAACGUAUGUAAAUUGGCCGGUCGGUUAGCUUUUUUUAAACGAAGCUGGCUCGAAGUAACCUCGGACGAAACCAUCCUGAGCUGGAUCACAGGCUAUAGAAUACCUUUUACAUGAAAGGUAGACCAACACACACCACCUGCCGAGCCUCGGUGGUCGGAUCAAGAAAGGAAGGUAAUGCGAGAACAAAUCGUAACGUUGUUGGGGAAAGGCGCGAUACAAAAGUGUCAGUCGGAGACCGAAUAAUUCAUCUCAAAAAUUUUUCUCGUGCCAAAACCGGAUGGUUCUCACCGUUUUACAUUGAAAUCAAAACAGCUAAACGAAUUUAUAGCUACGGAGCAUUUUAAAUUAGAAGACGGUAAAACGGUAAAGCAAAUGAUAACUCGCGGUUGUUUUAUGACGACUAUUGACUUAAAGGACGCGUAUUAUCUAAUUCCGAUUGCGAAAUCUGAUAGAAAAUUUUUACGGUUGAUUUUCGAAGGAAAACUGUAUCAAUUUACGUGUAUGCCCUUCGGG